UAUAUCAUAUAGUUUUAAGUAAAAUGGCUAGUGAUCUACAAUUAAAUAAUAUUCCAUUGUCGUCGCUUGGUUUUGAGUGUUGGACUAUAUUAUCCUGUUUAGAUUCUAAAAAAAUAUUAUCAAGUGAUGGGCCGGACCGGUUGCCAAGAGACUGGAGAGGUUUGACCUCCCUUUUAAACAUAUCAGUAGAAAUAGUAGGUACAAUAUGUGAAUACCCUGAUAAGACUAGGAAAGUUCUAGACAUCUGGUUGCAAAGAAAUGAUGGCACAGCCACUCUUGGGAAACUACUGGAGUACUUAGAAAGAUUGGACCGAUUUGAUGUGUAUGAUGAUUUGCUAGAUCUCGUUAAGAAGAAAAACUUCUCAGUAUCAAAUGCAAACCAGGUAGCACUUAUAAGUAAUAAGCAUUCUGUAGAAACACCAAAUGAAUUGAUUACAUAUGAAGAUAUCGAAGCAGGGUACCCACAGUUCUACAAUGCAUAUGUUCUUUACGUUGCGGAGGAUUUGCCGUUUGUCAAUGAGCUGUUGAAUCGGAUGACUGCGAAAGGGUUCAAGCUAUGUACCAUAAACAAUGUGGUCCCCGGGCACCAAACCUUGUACGGGCCGGUCGCGCAGCUCAUAAAGACCCGCUGUCACCGCAUCAUCCUCGUCGUUUCCCCGGAAUUCCUGGAGAGCCCCGAUAUAAAGUUUUUUUCGGACUAUGCACAGGCUGUGGGCAUUGAAUCGCAGACGUGCAAAAUAAUUCCAAUCAUAUAUCGGGACUGUAAGCUGCCGUACAACCUCUCAUAUUACCACAAGCUGAAGUACCAGCCUCAGGAAACCUGGUACGACUUUUGGGACAAGCUCAGCAGGUCCUUGGAAGUGCCAAGGACAAUACGGUCUUCGCAGUCGGCCGUGAACAUCACCGAGCUGAUCACAGACGGAGCGCCCAUCAACAACGGCUACUUGAUGAACAGCUCCCACAAUCACCUGACUGUCAGCAGUGUCAGUCGGAGUACAAUCAGUGAUAUUACCGCGGAUAAGGUGAGCAUCGCGGACAGCCGCUCCCUGGACAACAUCAGCCAGUCAGGCCGGCUGAAGUCCAAGCGCUCCGGCUCCGUGUCCAAACUCCUGCGCUUCUUCAAGGGCGGCAAGCAGAAGGCCAAGGAGAAGUGCUCUGUCGACGCGUGAUACGAUUGUAUCUUAAACACUAUCACUAGAUUUACAUAUUUGAAAAACAUACAUACAUAUAGUCACGUCUAUAUCCCUCACAGGGUAGACAGAGCCAAUAGUCCCGAAAAUACUGAAUGGACACGUUCAGCUGCUCGGCUUAAUGACGGAAUUGAGAUCCAAAUAGCGACAGGUUGCUAGCCUAACGCCUUAAAAAAAGGAUCGCAAUUUUAUAAGCUUAUCCCUUAGUCGCCUUUCACGACAUCCAUGGGAAAGAGAUGUGGCUAGAGUGGUGCUAUUCUUUUUUGUAUUGGUGCCGGGAACCACACGGCACAAGAUUUGAAAAAAAUUCUGACAAAGUCGUUUUAUUUUUCAAACGUCAUUUAUAACUUCUUCCUCCUGGCUUCAGUCCCGGUUGCAUCCUCACCAUUCUGAAGAGGAGCCCAGGGUAUGUUUUCAAUAUAUUAUAUAGAUAGUGUGCACAAAACAACAAAUCUUCAUUUUCAACAAAAUUCUGGGAAGUCCUGCUACAUUUACCAAGGAUAUACAUUAAUAAGAUACAUGUCUAUUAUACAUAGGACAUUUUUCGCUUAUUAUUUGAUCCAAACUCACACAUUUAAACAAAUGAAUAUUAUAACUGCCUUGACAACCUCGAAUGUCAAAUUCUUGUUUUCUCUCAACUCCUGCGCAUUUUCAAGGGCUGUAAGCUGUAAUGGAGCUCCAUUAGCCCAUAUAAUUACUAGUUGAUGUUAACGGGUCUUAAAUGUUAAUUCAGAUGUGCUGAGCUUGCUUUCUUGUCUUCAACUGCACGCAUUUACAUGACUUCUUUCAUGUUCCCUAUUUAUUUAUUAAUUUACUAGCUGUGCCAGCGUUUUCGUCCGCGUGAAAUAGUUAUUUUGGGCAUAAUUGAAGUCCUUUUCCAUUAUUUCUUAGCUCUUAGCGUGAUAUUAUAUAGCCUAAAGUCUUCCUGGAUAAAUGAUCUAUUCAACGCAAAAACAAUUUUUCAAUUCGAACCAGUUCUUGAGAUUAGCGCGUUCAAACAAACAAACAAACUCUUCAGCUUUAUAAUAUUAAUAUAGAUGUACACAGAUUACAUUGAGAAUGAUGAACACAAGAAAUAAAAUUACAAAGGUUUGGCUUAUUUCAAAAGAAAUCUCCUCCAGCAGACCUGAGAUAGGAGACAUGAUGGAAAAAGUGACAGGUGACAGUGUCGUUAGUUCUGUAUUUUUCCCGCGGUUUCAUCAUGUAUAAUGUUAAAUCUCUUUCCCGUGGGAAUUUUUAGAAAUAUAUAUGUUAUGAAAAAAUUAAAGAUUUCAAUAUAUUUCUACUGUUUAUCGAUAGUAAUUUGGUGCGCUAUUGUUGUAUAUUUUUUUUUAACGAUGUUGAUUUUUUGUUGUACAGAUAAGAAUAUUAUGCAUUUUUUAAAGCUUUACCUACAUAGUUAUUUUUUAUGUGAUUAAUAUAUGAUUUUUUGAGGAUAUAUACAUAACGUUUUUUUUAAAUAUAUUUCUUUAACAAGUUGUACUUUUUAAAAAUUUAAAAUAUAGUUAAUAUUUUUUGGGAACGCAAUUUACUCGAUAUAAAAUAUGUAUUGAAAUUGUAUUGGUUGUUUUAUUAUAUAGCUAUUAAAAAAUUAAUGCUUAAUUUCAUCAAAAUCUAACCAGUGGUUAUGAAUUGUGCUGGUAAGAACACUCAUGCUUGGUAGAUUUUUUUAAUGAAGCAAAUGUAUAUGAGGAUAGAGUUUAUUUAUUUUCUUACAUCUACCAUUACAGACUAAAUCCAAUGUUAUAGUGUGUGAUCAAUCAUAACAUAUUAUCCUUAAUGCUGUCGUUGUGAAUAAACUCAAACUUCUAUUGAACAAAUAUUUCUCAUUCGAAUUAUGCUUUAUAAAAAUAUUACGUUAUAGAAAUUCGCAGAAAUACAACAAAAAAAAAAAAUUGUAAAUGUCUUUUUGUAAAUUGUAAUAUGUAUAUUUGAAUGGCUUCCAUUUUGGGAAAAUAUACUGUAUAAUAUUCAUGUUGUUAUUUUGAAAUGUUUUUUGAGAUAUUUACAAUAAAAUAACGUGCCUUCGAAAUAUAUGUAUACGUUAUCGGUAAUCAAUCUGUAAAUAAACGAUU